GCUGGGGUGGUGGUAAAUAAAGCACUGGCACCAACGGGGGCUCGUUCCCCUCUCCUACCCCAAAAGGCUGAACUGGUUCUGCUGCCCGUUCUCCACAGAUUGGGCCGAAAGGGUCAGAGUUUGACACUAAGCCAAGAGCUGGAAGCUGUGCAGGGCCCGGUGCUCGCUGAUCUGUAACUUCCCCUCACACCUGGCUCUGGGGCGGUUCACUUUGUGCCUCCAGGAGCGGAGGCUGCGUGCCAAGAACCGGGCUCCCUGCACUUCGCUCGCUGGGAAGUGAAAGCCCCUUCCUAGUCUGGGCGCUGCGCUCGGAGGAUGCACAGCUCCGGCUCCCCGGCUGCCUCCGCCACCCCGCUCGGGCCCAGGAGCACUUGACCCGAGCCAGCAACGAUCUGUAACCUGCGGGCUGCUCCGGAGCAGCGCUUGCAUGUGGCUCCGAGAACCAGAACUGCAGGCAGCUCCGGGUCUCACUCCGGCGUGGAGGUAACCAUGCUCCCCCGUCCCCACUGCUGGCAUGGGCGCCGCCCUGGCUCCAGAGCUGAACGGCCCAGCUCCGAGGGGCCUCGCCGGGCGCUCAGAUGCCAGUGAGCUUUACCACGGCCCUUCGUGUUUUUGGUACCAGCCUCUUCGCCUUGGUGGUGCUGGGAGGCAUCCUUGCAGCCUACAUCACUGGCUACCAGUUCAUCCACACCGAGAAGCACUACCUCUCCUUCGGCCUGUAUGGUGCCAUCCUGGGCCUGCAUCUCUUCAUCCAGAGCCUCUUUGCCUUCCUGGAGCACCGGCACAUGCGGCUUGAGGGGCGGCCCCUGAAGCUGCAGCGCUCCGUGGCGCUCUGCAUCGCUGCCUACCAGGAGGAUCCCGACUACCUGAAGAAAUGCCUGCACUCGGUGAAGCGCAUCUCCUUCCCCGACCUCCAGGUCGUGAUGGUGGUGGAUGGCAAUGGCCAGGAUGACACCUACAUGCUGGAGAUCUUCAAUGAGAUCCUGGGCUCUGAGAAAACGGGCUGCUACGUCUGGAAGAGCAACUUCCAUGAGAGGGGCGAGGGGGAGACGGACAGCAGCCUCCAGGAGAGCAUGGGGCACAUCCAGCAGCUGGUGCGGAACAGCACCUAUUCCUGCAUCUUGCAGAAGUGGGGGGGGAAGCGCGAGGUGAUGUACACAGCCUUCCGAGCACUCGGGGACUCCGUGGACUACAUCCAGGUGUGUGACUCAGACACGGUCCUGGAUCCAGCCUGCACGGUGGAGAUGCUGCGCAUUUUAGAGGAGGAUCCACGGGUGGGCGCAGUUGGUGGAGACGUUCAGAUCCUCAACAAGUACGACUCGUGGAUCUCCUUCCUGAGCAGCGUGCGGUACUGGAUGGCCUUCAACGUGGAGCGGGCCUGCCAGUCCUACUUCGGCUGCGUCCAGUGCAUCAGCGGCCCCCUGGGCAUGUACCGUAACACUCUCCUGCAGCAGUUCCUGGAGGACUGGUACAAUCAGAAGUUUCUUGGCAGCAAGUGCAGCUUUGGGGAUGACAGACACCUCACCAACCGUGUCUUGAGCCUCGGGUAUAGGACUAAGUACACCGCCCGUUCCAAGUGCCUGACCGAGACUCCCACCAAAUACCUCCGCUGGCUCAACCAGCAGACUCGCUGGAGCAAGUCCUACUUCAGGGAGUGGCUCUACAAUGCCUUGUGGUUCCACAAGCACCACCUCUGGAUGACCUACGAGUCCGUGGUGACUGGCUUCUUCCCCUUCUUCCUCAUUGCCACGGUCAUCCAGCUGUUCUACCGCGGCCGCAUCUGGAAUAUCCUUCUCUUCCUCCUGACUGUGCAGCUGGUGGGGAUCAUCAAGGCCACCUAUGCCUGCUUCCUCCGGGGCAAUGCGGAGAUGAUCUUUAUGUCCCUCUACUCCCUGCUCUAUAUGUCCAGCCUCCUGCCAGCCAAAAUGUUCGCCAUUGCCACCAUCAACAAGUCAGGCUGGGGCACCUCUGGCCGCAAAACCAUUGUGGUCAACUUCAUUGGCCUCAUCCCGGUUUCUGUGUGGGUCGCUGUCCUGCUGGGAGGCCUGGCCUACACGGCGUACUGCCAGGACCUCUUCAGUGAGACGGACCUGGCCUUCCUCAUCUCCGGCGCCAUCUUGUACGGCUGCUACUGGAUGGGCCUCCUCACUCUCUACAUGGCCAUCGUUGCCCGGCGCUGUGGGAAGCGGCAGGAGCAGAGCAGCCUGGCUUUUGCCGAGGUGUGACAGGCGGGGGGGGCUCUGGACGGAGCGGGGAAAGUGCAAUGGGAAAGGGUUAGUGCUGCCGCCAUGCAUUGUUCGAGGGCAGCCGCGGGUUGGGAUGGGGAGGAGAAGGGAUUUUAUUUGUGGGGUUUUAAAUUGCUGUCCAAGGAGCGAGUUCCUGGGCUAGUGAGUCUGAGUGCCACCCGAGGAGCGGCUGCUUGUUGCCCAGCAGAGAACACUUCAGGUAGCGUGGGCCACGCACACCUGCCCGCAGGUGCGGUGAUGAUGGCUCCUGUGAAGAUUCCUGUCUGCCACCUGCCAGGGCCCAAAAUCCUGCUGUGGGAGCUGCACUGAGCUCCAUUGGUGUGGGAGAGGCCCUGGGCCGGAGGCAGGACAGGAGGCAUUGCCUGCAGACUCCAGCCUGAGCAAUAGGCUCCACGGGAGGCCUGAGCCCCAGGAGCCAGUGAGGGUGCUCUGUGCCCCCUGCCCUCCAGUAGGGACGGGAGUGCUCACAGAAAUGAAUUCAUACGGCAAAAGAAUCCAAGUUUGCAAACUCUUUGUCCUGCCCUGUAGAGCAGGAGCUGCCUGGCUGCACUGGCCGCGUGGUAGGUGACACAGUAAGUUGGCCGCAGUGUGUGCCCCUGGAGCCUGGGGACUUGAUUCCUGCCUGGGGCCUGCGAAAGAGGCUGAGAGGGGCACUGCUUAGCCAGAGCCAGGGCCUGCUCCGAGCUGGGUUUGGCCAGGCCCUGUGCCGCUUUGGUGCUGGUCCAUAAACUCUGGCAGUGGGGACUGGCCCACAGGAGUCAGGGCUCACGAGCUCCGAGGCAGGUAUGGUGAAGGCUCCCCUGCCCCCGGGAAGGAGUGCCCCAAGGUCUCUGCAGGCAGAGCUGGGCUUGGCAGGCUGUGAGCUCCCUCCCUCUUGUGCUUUAGCGUCCAGACACUGGAUUCCCUGUCAGUCUUGCAUUCUCCCCAGGCAGGAAAAUGGUCCAUCAAUAUUCAAUUUAUUUAAAUGGGCAGAAAUCUCCCCCCCUCCGCAGACAGGACUGGCUGCCUGUGGAUUUAAUGCUGUGAACUAGGGAGGGUUCCCUGUGGCUUUGUGCCGGGGCGGGUGGGCUCCCAGUGCUAUGAUGCUUUGCUAAGGACAAUGCAGUCCUUUCCCUGGUGUGGUGAAGAGAUGUCUCCAGUUUGACAUGAGAGUUUCCAAGCCAGGGGGAAGGAUCCUCCUGUGAGGGCCCAGAUGGCAGCCGUUGGGCUGCCUGAACUGGACCAUUCUUUGCUGUUCUGAAGUGGCUUCCUCAGUCAGGUACCACGUCCUUUUCCUUGAGCCACUUGAAAACUCGAAUGAUCCUGGCCUCCCGAAGGGAUCUGCUGCAUGUCUGUGUGGCCCAGCUGCCUCCAGGGCUCUCCCAUGGCUCCUUCUGAUCCAAGGCUCUGGGCAUGAGGGCAGCGUAUGCCCAUGGUGCUGAUGGUGGUAUGAGCUGCUGCUCCUCUGUCCCCUCUGCCUGCUUUGCCACUGACCCCCAGGCAGCUUUUCCGUCUCAUUCCACACAGUGGGGCUGCGCCCUGGGGUCACUGGUGCACACUCUGCCCAGCCCAUGGCCUGGCUUGUCUGCUCCUCAAAGGCUGAGGCAGUACAGCUCCAGCUUUAGCCUUUGCUGUGCUCAGAGGAACAUCCCCCACAACUGCCAGACCAGCAGCAAGAGCAAUAACCCGACCCAGCCUGCUGCUGGGGCCAUGGUGCCGUGUACAGCUCGAGUGCCCUACCGUGCCAAAGCCCACGGCAGGGUCACCUGGAGCCUCUCUCGGGAUGGCUGCCUCUGCCCCCAGUCAGCAUUACCCGGUGCUUACGAGCGACCCGUGGGCCAGACUGUGCCAGCAGCUGAGGGUGAAGGCAGAAAGGUGAGUGGCUGCAUUAAGGUUACAUGGCUCUGCGCUUUCCUCCUCCCUUGCCUGUCCCCAUGGCCCACUGCACAAGGGGGAGCACCUUUGCCAUGGAGCGAGGCCAAGGCUGGCUGUCAGGGCUGGCGAUAGGAAUGGGGAGGGGGCAGCAUCGAGAUGGAGUUAGAAAGUGCUUAUGACUUAGCCUCUCAGUGCUUCCCCUGCUUCUCAGGUCAGGGCUCCGGGCUGUCCUGCCCACACCAGGCAGGAGUGCCAGAUCCCCUCUCAUCAAGGUGAGGGAACUCCGUCUUUACGGCUGCUCAGUGCAGUCCUGCCCUGCCUUAACUGUGCACAAGCAGGCAGCAUGGCCUGUGCCCUGGGAGGCAGGACCCUGGGUACUAUUCCUGGCUCUGCCACUGAUGCAGGCAAACUCAGGCAAGUCUCUUCCCCAGCUGUGAAAGGGGGGGCAGGUGGGUACCUUGGGAGAUGGGUGCUCUCCCAGGGCAGUUAAUUAUGUGCUGUCUAGGCCAGGGGUUAGCACCCUGUGGUAUCGUCACUGUGGGCCCCACUGCUAAGCUAGACUCCACCAAGAGCCUCAGUCAGAAUCCCUGCUCCAUGCUAGUGUCUGCUGCUGGCUGUGGUUUUAUCCCACAUCCUCUCUGGUGCCAGCCCUGGCUGUAGCUCUAGCAUCCCUGUGUGAGGAUAACGUGCCAGAGAAAGCAGCGAAGCGCCGCUCUGCGUAAGGGCGUCUGUGGCCAGUACAGUGAGGGUGCUUGGGGCAGCGUGGAGAGAGGCAAAGGGAUGGUGAGGGACACAUGGAGUGAGCCUAGCCAGAGCAGGAAUGCAGCAAGUAAAGCACUCGCCCCUGUUCUGCUGGCUGAGGCACCUCAUGCAGGGACCCAGCGAUGCCAGGGGUGGCUGAGGCAGGACAGCAGGACUUAGAGCUUUGGGAACAGCCACCCAGCCUGUGCAGACAGGGUUUGGGAGGCCCCUUCUGCUGAAGAAACACCACAAAAGCCCCUUAAGCCCCCUCCAGCUGCCACUCCCUGGCCCCUGGUGGGUGCUGGGAGGGUCUGAGGCUUGCCCCAUGGGAGAACAGCAGCUAAUUCUGGCUCCUUUGCCAAAGAACGGAAGGGCAGUGAGAGGCCACAGUCAGCGGGAGCCUGCCCAAGAAUGGCUGCCAGCAGCUUCUUUGCCUGCCCUGUGCUGUGCCUGAGGAGUGCUCAAGGGGCUUGUGAACCCUUCCAGGGCCUGCAAGGCUGGUUGUAGCCAAAAGCCGUAUUUCGUGCUGUGUCCCGGUGAGCUAGGUGCUGCCCCGCUCCUCCAGCACAGCGCCUCUGCCAUGAGCUAAGGGGACACCAGUAAUGCAAGGUGCUGUGCUGGGCACUAAACUGGGGGCCAGCUGCCCUUGCGGGGGCCCCAGCCCCAUGGAAUAUUUUUGCAUGUUGGCUUAAGUCCCUGUGCUGCUCUUGGGCCAGGUGUAGUGGGCUGCGGGUUCCCCUAGUCUGCAGGGCAGAGGUUCCAGUACCCACCCCCCUCACAUACCAGAGGGACAGGAGUCUGAGCUGAGAGCUGGGGGCCUGCCCCACAUUCCGGGGUGGUGGGCCAGAGCCGAGUGGUCACUCCAGCUGUGGGCAGCACAUCCAGCCUGCACGUUGCUGCAGCAGGAGCUUU